AUGACUUUAUUUGAACAAUCUGCUCCCGUAAACACCUGCUACCUGGUCAAGUGUGGCACCUGCGGCAAGACUACCUGGAAGGGCUGUGGCCAGCACGUCGAGGCGGUGAUGAAGGACGUCAAGCCAGAGGACAAGUGCACGUGCAGCCGCUAA